AUUAUUUAUGAGACCAUGCAUGAUAGUAUCAUAGUAUAAAUAUUUCACAAUUCUUCUCAUUGGACAAAGAAUUUUCUCUCUCAGACCAUAGAAAACCAAAAUCAUCAACAUGUCUACUACUACAGAUGAAAUUAGGCUACAUGAACUCAAAGCAUUUGAUGAAACAAAAGCUGGUGUUAAAGGCCUUGUUGAUCAAGGUAUUCUCAAAAUCCCAACCUUAUUUCAUAAUCCACCUCAUAAGUUUUCAAAGGCCACAAAUUCAACCAAAAAAACACAUACUAUUCCUGUUAUAGACUUUACAAAUAUUGGUAAAGACCCAAAUGCAAGGCAAGAAAUUAUAAGCAAAGUAAGGGAAGCUUCUGAGACAUGGGGUUUCUUUCAAGUGAUCAAUCAUGGUAUUCCUUUGAAUCUUCUUGAGGAUAUGAAAGAUGGUGUAAUUAGAUUUCAUGAACAAGAUAGUGAAGUGAAGAAAGAGAUGUAUUCAAGAGAUCUAACAAAGCCACUGGUUUUUACUAGUAAUUUUGAUCUUUAUAGUCCUGCACCACUCAAUUGGGGGGAUACUUUUGCAUGGGACAUGGCUUCUAAUACUACAAAACCAGAAGAUUUUCCAGUAGUAUGCCGGGAUAUAAUUCCGGAAUAUGGAAGACAUGUAAUGAAACUUGGAAUGGAACUCCUUGAAUUAGUAUCAGAAGCUCUUGGAUUGGAUCCAAACCAUUUAAAGGACAUGGAUUGUUAUAAAGGGAAUAUGUUACUUUGCCAUUACUAUCCACCUUGUCCUGAACCAGAAUUAACUAUGGGAACUGCUGGACAUUGUGAUGCUACUUUUCUAACUGUGCUUCUCCAAGACCAUAUUGGUGGCCUCCAAAUCCAUCAUCAGGACAAGUGGAUUGAUGUACCACCAAUACCUGAGGCUCUUGUUGUUAAUAUUGGCGAUGUUAUGCAGCUUAUAACAAAUGACAGAUUCAAGAGUGCUGAACACAGAGUGCUGGCAAAUAACAUUGCUCCCAGAGUAUCUGUUGCAUGCUUUUUUAGGGCAGACCUUAGAUCACAGGAAAAGCUCUAUGGACCUAUAAAAGAAUUAUUAUCAGAAGACAACCCUCCUAGAUACAGAGAAACCAGUUUUGCUGAUUUUGUAGCCUACUUCAAUGCAAAAGGGCUUGAUGGCACCUCUGCUCUUCAACAUUUCAAGCUUUGAGUUGGCUAAUGUGGAUUGAGCUGGUUUAUAUAUUAAGCAUAAUAAAUGAAUUGUAGAAUUGUGGAAUAAUUUCUGAAUAUAUAUCAUGUUCUUCUAUAUAAAAUAAUUAACACACAAUAUCAUGUUUCCAUGAAUUGAGUAUUAAUUCUUUUUGUUCA